UAUGAUCCGCAGCAGAGCAACCACUGCUGGCACUCUCAUAAAAGAAACUUCACUGGACAACUGAGGGUGUUUGAUUACUACAGACUGGAACUUAGCAGUGCACGCCUUCAGAGCACAAGAGCAGAAAUCUUCCAGUGUUUCUGUUCCUUCUCUGAUGGAGCUGUCUUGCGCGUCAGCGAGAUAUACAGAGGACAGGAGACCUCACAGCUGCAAGCUUCUGGAGCUCCAUGUGCUGUUUGUGCCAGCUGACCAGUGGAAUGUGAAGCUCAAUAAAGUCCCUGCUGAAGCCACAGAGAGCUUCAUAUCAGCCGGCUUCAUCAGGGUUUACCCUGAUGUUACCCUGAAAACUCUUAGGAGUGAGCUGGGCGCUCUCCUUGGUGCACAGAGGAGCGUCAACAAAUUCUCCUUCCUUAAAUGUGUGGGGCGCAGUCUGGCGCUGGUCAAAAGCAAACAGGAGCAAGACCUGAAAGUGAAAGUGUUCGCCCCACCCUAUGCCACGCAGCCGGAGCUUUACUUGCUGCCCGCUGUGGAGAAUGACAGCAGCGUUUGCUCCCGGUCUCUCACCCCUGACACCACCAGCACCUCCCCAGACCACCAGAUCUAUUACCACCCUCCCAAAACGUGCAGCCGGGCAACAGGAACAAAGGAGCCCAUCAAAUUCCCCCAUAUCCCCCAGUAUUCACAUCAGCCACCUCCCACACACCGCCUAGAAGAAGAGGAGGAAGAAGGGGAUGAUAGGAGCUACAGCUCUUCAGAAGGAGGCGGGGAGAAGGAAGGUGAAACUCUCUCCUCCAUCAGGAGAGCAGAGCAGGAGUGUUUUCGAGGGCAAAAGCAAAGGGCACCCCAGCUUGCUUUGCACACACCCCAACUGCAAGGCUGCAGAGGUGGAGAUUUCCAGCAGUGUGUGGCUGAUUCAGCUCAGGUGAAGGAAAUGCCAGAGAAAGAAGAAACCUGCAGAAAGAAGAAACAUAACCAAAGAGGAAACAGAGCAGCCAGACAUUCAGGAGUGGCGGAGUCCCUGGAGGACAGAGAUUCAGGCUUCUCCCUAACAGACGGGGUUGGGAAAUCAAAAGUGGAACACGCGCUGAAGUCCAUCAGAAACAAUCGAACAGCCAGGCUGUCAGAAAGCCUAGCUCCGUUGUCUCAGCCUGCCGUAUCACCACCUUCAGGUUUAGACUUGGCCACAGUCACCCAUGAAACGGCUGCUUCUCCAGUCCUUCACACAAACAGGGAAGAACUAAUCAGUGAAAUCAAGCUGGUACGGGAGGAGAGAAAGCAGCUGGAGAGGACGCGACAAGAGCUGCUGCGAAAGGGGAAAGACUUGUUAGCCCAGAACAGACACCGCAGGAACCAAGCACGUGACAGCUGGAAAAAGAAAUAUUUUGAAGCCAAGAAGGCCACAGCGCCACUGGACGAGAACUUGAGAAACUUGAGACAAGAACUGGAGACGUUUUACAACAAAGUCCUGCAUCAGCUGCAGGCCCGAGAUAACAGAGCAAAGCCCAGACACCAAGGA